AUGAACCCGAAACCGCCAAUUCUGAAAUACAUGCUAGCCUCCCUCUUCCUCUCCCUCCCUCUCUUCCUUUUCCUCCUCGCCGCCGCCACCGCCACCUUCCUCCGCCGCCCUCAACCGCCGCCGGGAAUCCGGAUCCGACCCGGCUACACCUCCUACGAGACCUACAUCCAGCGGCAGCUCAACAAGACCCAGAACCCGAAGCUCCGCCGCAUCUGGAGAACCCGCGACUGGGACCGCAAAGUCGUCGUCUUUUCCCGAUUCUUCCGAGCCCUCCAAUCCAAGCGCCUCCUCUCCAACGACUCCAAGGCCCUCUGCGUCGGGGCGCGGGUCGGGCAGGAGGUGGAGGCGCUGAGGCGGGUCGGGGUCUCGGACUCGAUCGGGAUCGACCUCGUCCCGUCGCCGCCGUUGGUCGUGAAGGGGGACUUCCACGCGCAGCCGUUCGGCGACGCGACUUUCGACUUCGAAUUCUCCAACGUCUUCGACCACGCGCUCUACCCGGACAGGUUCGUCGGCGAGAUCGAGCGCACGCUGAAGCCCGGAGGGGUGUGCGCGCUCCACGUGGCGGUGUCGCGGCGGCCGGAUAAGUACUCGGCCAACGAUUUGCUCAGCGUGGCCCCGCUCGUGAACAUGUUUAGAGGGUCGGAGGUUGUUUACACCCGCAAGGUUGACGGGUUCGGUUUGGAUACCGAAAUCGUCUUCAGGAAAAAGAACACGGCGACGGCGACGGAAUCCGUUGCUAAAGGAUUGCGAUAA